AACUGAGCCCAGAGCAAGCAACGUGGGAUCCACAGAACAACAGCCUUUUACAGCAGCAGCCGCCUCUGAUUAAAAUUAUCAGCUUCAUCAGACUGCACCAAGACCCAAGACUGCUCCUCCAAGAAAAGAGAGGACCAAGCAAUGAUGAAGACCAUGUCUGGUGGAAACUGCACCCUGAAUGUGCCAGCCAAGAACUCGUACCGCAUGGUAGUGCUGGGAGCCUCCAGGGUGGGGAAAAGCUCUAUUGUCUCACGCUUUCUCAAUGGCCGGUUUGAGGACCAGUACACUCCCACCAUUGAGGAUUUUCAUCGCAAGGUCUACAAUAUCCGGGGAGACAUGUAUCAGCUGGACAUCCUGGACACCUCUGGGAAUCACCCUUUCCCUGCUAUGAGGAGGCUUUCCAUCCUGACAGGGGAUGUUUUCAUCCUGGUAUUCAGCUUGGACAACAGAGAAUCCUUUGAUGAGGUCAAGAGGCUCCAGAAGCAGAUCCUUGAGGUCAAAUCCUGCCUGAAGAACAAGACCAAGGAAUCAGCUGACCUCCCCAUGGUGAUCUGCGGCAACAAAAAUGACCACAGUGAAAUCUUCCGCAAGGUACGCUCAGAUGAAGGCGAGAACCUUGUCUCCAGUGAUGAAAACUGUGCUUACUUUGAAGUUUCAGCCAAGAAGAACACCAAUGUGGAUGAGAUGUUCUAUGUCCUCUUCAGCAUGGCCAAGCUACCUCAUGAGAUGAGUCCUGCCCUCCACAGAAAAAUCUCCAUCCAAUAUGGUGACACCUUUCAACAGAAAUCCUUCCGGAUGCGCCGAGUCAAGGACAUGGACGCCUACGGCAUGAUCUCUCCCUUUGCUCGCCGGCCAAGCGUCAACAGUGACCUGAAGUAUAUCAAAUCGAAAGUUCUCAGGGAAGGUCAGUCAAGGGAGAGGGAGAAAUGCACGAUCCAGUGAAGGGAGCUUGCACUUCUGUUUGAAGUCAUCAUCCACAUGCAGUGCCUUAAAGAAAAAUGGUCUGUGGAAGCACAGAAUGGGCUCACAGGGUUCAUCAAGAAAACCCAACAUGGAGAAAGGAUAACUCUUCCUGCAGAUUCUGCUGGGUCAUGAAUGUAAAUAACUUCGUCCUUGUAAAUGACUGGGAAAAAACAUAUGCCUGAGAUAUGAGUGCAUUUCUCUGUCUUUGUAAUGUUCUUCAUUCCCCUUUUUGUUUAAAGAAUACAGACCUGAGAAGUAAAGAAAUGUCAACCUCAUCCUUACAAAGAAAGUAGGUCAAAAAUGCACAGAAGGCACUAACAAUUACCCAGCAUGCAGCUCUUGCUAAGAGAGAGGAGGUUAUGUGUAUGUGUGUGUGUAGCUCUGUGUGUCUGUGUGUAUGUGUGCAUGCAUGUGUGGAGCACUCAUUUAAAAAAAGUGGGACUUGCAUUUCAAAGGGCAACAGUCUUACAGAGGUUUCCCAGAUUGGGAGUGGACUCUAUAUAAGGACACAUGACUCUAACUUGCUUCUGAGGGGACCUGCAUUAAGAAGAUCUUGAUUUUAUGUUUGCUGGGACAGUUAUCACUUGACAUCAACAUGAAUGUUGUUUUGUAUUAUAGAUUUUAUUUGGGAUUAGUUUUUUUAAUUGUCUGGGGGUGGGGUCUUAGCAAAAUCAGAUGGCAAGUGUGUUUGAUAUCAAAACAAGUGUCCACUUUCCAUCAGUGAAAGUUGUUUUUCAUCUGUAAAACUAUAUAAUAUGUACAUUGAUUGAAAGUGAAAUUAUUCUGCAAAAAGCCAAUACAUUUGACUGC